GAAGUGAGGUAACUGGGUUUUCUCCUUUCUACCUUCUUUUUGGAAGGUCCCCAAGGUUACCUAUUGAUCUGCUAUUUGGUCUCACCUCUGAGACAGGGAAAACAGACCACCGAACCUACAUGGAGAAAUGGACACGAGAAAUGCAAGAGGCAUAUGACAUAGUACGGGAGAAAGCAAAAAAGUCAGCAGACAGGAGUAAAAAACAUUAUGAUGGGAAAGUGAGAAGCUCUGUGUUAUAUCCUAGCGAUCGUGUUCUUGUCCGAAAUCUGACCCCUAAAGGAGGAACGGGGAAGCUUCGUAAUCACUGGGAACAGGGCAUCAAUGUUGUCAUCCGUCAAGUUGCAGAAGGCCUCCCUGUGUAUGAGGUGAAACCAGAGCAAGGGAGGGGAAGGUCAAGAAUCAUGCACCGCAACCUGCUGCUGCCAUGUGAUUACUUACCCCUGGAAAGGCCACCAGAAGUAUCACCAAAGCAAAAGAAAAGAAGGGUGAGGGAAAAAGACGCAGAACAGGUGGACCAGGAAGUGGAAGAUGACGAGGAGGAAUGGGGGUACUAUUAUGGGCCCGCAACACAGCCUCAAGUGCCCAGUACAGAGAGGGUCACAGAGCAUGGUGAUGGCCAGGAGAAACCAGAGGUCAGUGGUACUGGACCACUGGGUGAAGAAAGGCUCAUGUUGUACACAGAGGAGCCUGAGACACAGGAUGAAAACAGGCCACAGGAAGAAGACCAUCGAGAGGAAGAUGGACAAGUAGUUGGAGAGGUAAUGGAUGACACUCUAGCAUCUCCACGCCCAUGUUUGCCUGAACGCAACAGAGAAGGGACCUAUAGUUUGCCACGGAGGGAGAGACGAGCCCCUAAGGUUUUCACCUAUGAUCAGCUGGGUACUCCAACAUGCUACAGUACAGUGUGUACAAAGGAAAUGCCCUACAAGUAUCAGCCCAUACAACACAGAGACAUUCAACCAAUAACCAUGUGGCCUAAUUCCUCCCAAAUUUGUCAGCCACUGUUCAUGCAAAGAUACUGAACAACGAACAGAUUUAAGACUCAGUACAAAAGAGGGAACUAAGAUUAAAAAUGGAUUUUGUGACAUUUUGUUAACUUUUAGUUCAUAAGAGUUGUGAUGUCGGGAUGACAUCUAAUUUUGUGAGGGAGUGUGUGAUAGAUUGAUUAUUUGUUGAAGUUCAUAAUGGAGUAAACAGUUGUUAAAUUGAGUUGUUAAAAGUUACUCAAUUUAUUAUUCAAUUUGUUUCAAAUAUGUAAAUGUAUAAACAAGGGUAAAAGAAGUCCCAUCAAAGAGAUGUAAUGUAACACAAAACAGUUAAAAGAGUUCAUGACUUUGUUUAACCGGAUAACAAUCCUUAAUGUGACUAUAACCUGUGUAAAAUUCAAUCUGUGAUCUACUUGUCGAGCCUGGGGAAUAAUCCAUGUGAUUUAGUGAUCAUGAUUGAUUCGUUAUGUCUGCCGUUGCCGGAAGGGGGAGCUCUGGCCACGAUGCCUCAUUCGCAAUGAAGCUGCUGAAAGAGAAGCAUCGUGUCUGAGCGUUGUCAUUGACUUAUCCCCUUUACAGCUUUUCACAUUA